CCUCCUUGUCCUUCCACGGUGGCGCCACUUAUCUGAUAUGUUUCCAAGGCCAAUGUAUUGACACCCUGAGUUUGACAUAUACUUUUCCAGUCAAGGACGAAAUAUUUUUACUCAUGCUUCCCCAAAGUACCUGAUGUCCCAGUGUGUCUGCGAUAUGUGAAAAAAGUAAUCUUUUAACUGCAGUGUUAUGAAUGGAUUUGCGUGUACCCUGCACCAAAGAGCAAGAUCUCGUCAUAAGUGUGUCUUGCCAUGUCAAAAUAUUGAAAUAUCAAUCUAAAUAUAACAGCGUGUUGCCAAAAAACAGCGUUUACCACCUUUCGGUGUCUGCGGUCUCUCCCUUAGCCUCUGCGUUUGUGUGGUGCGCAUACAGGUAAUAAGCUGCUCCGCCACUGCGCAACGAUGGAGCUAUCACAACGAUGGAGAUGACGCAAACAGACUCAGCUCUUCGAAAAAGUGUUUCAAGACGAACAUGGCGGCAACUUAACCGAGGUCCAAGAUGACAGUGGCCACCGGGAGAACCGAUUCGAGGCUUUCCGAGAAACCCAUCUACCUGCGUCGAGGGGGCUGCUGGCUCUCCUUUAAGUGAAUCUGCGGAUCGAGCGGUGGCAGACGCGCAGCAUCAGCACCGAGAGGCUCGCAACAGCUGGUCUCCCUUGCGCGCCCCCCUGACAAGCGAACAAGCCCGGAGAGGGGACGUCAGGGAAGAGGUGGGGGUAUGCGGUCAAAAAGGACGCCGUUCCCCCCCGGAGAGCCAUGGAGAACCGGGAUGCGGCAGCGCGAAGCUUAAUCUGUGCGGGCACGCUAAUUGGUUCGGAAUAGCACCGACUUGCUGCGGGGCGCGAUAGCAGGAGCGCCCUGGACCGGCGGAGGCUCGGAACCCCCCCUCCUACCGCUGCAGAGGAGAACCAACCGGAGCCCGUCGCCCGACAAGUCAAUGAGUAUUGUGGCAGAGGAGCCCCCGCGGUGGAGUCGGCCCAGGGCAGCACUCUCCUAAAAUAUGACCAGGGGUGUUUGGAUGCGUCGGCAGCAUAACGAAUGCUUAAAAUACUGGUCUGCACCCCGAGAGAACGAGAAGCCAUUCACGGAGCCGGAGCGGGCCCAGAGAUGGCGACAGUCGCUGGCCUCUCUGCUCUUCAUCACCGUCCUGCUCUCUGAUCACCUGUGGUUCUGCGCUGAGGCCAAGCUGACGCGGACCCGCGACAAGCGGUCGGACGAGGGGCACGCUAUCUCGGACGCGGGCGAGAAGAAGCCAAACUCCCCCCAACAACAACACGUCCCAAAAUCACCCGACCCCCGCCGCCUCGCCAGAGAGCAAGAUGUUAUUUUUAUAGGGAAUUCUACCAAACCUCUGUGGCGGAUGGACACCUGUCACCCGGACAGCUUGUCCAGAGACUGCUUCACUUUCACGGACGCUCUGACAGUGUGCCUGGGCCUCUCUGGCGAAGAAGAAGAGGGGACACAGUCGGCGUACGUGAAUCUGAGCGAUUUGUACCUUUCUUUUUGUAAUUCCUACUCACUUUUGGAUUUGUUUUACGGGUUUACGAGUCCGGACGUUUUGAAUUGCUCCCUGGAUACGGCCAUGGGGGUGGAUCUGCUGGGGUGCGCGGAGUGUGUCCGGGCUUAUCAGCGUCUGGAUCGGCAGGCGGAGGAGAACUACAGGGAGUUUGAGCUGCUGGUUCAGAAGUACGAGACGGACGCGUACUCAGUCAGGACAUGCAUGGAUGAGUGCAAGAUGGUUUAUAAGCCCUGGCUGUGUUCUCAGUACUUCCAGACCACCCAGAUACACUGCAGCAAUCGAAUCCCCUGUGGCCAGUACUGCCUGGAGGUUCAACAGCGUUGCCCCUUUGUCCUCCCUGACAAUGAUGAUCUCAUUCAUGGAGGCAGCCCAAGUUUUGUAUGCACAGGGUUGCUGGAAGUAUACCCAUCAGGUGUUGACCCAAAUGCAGAGUGCUGUGAUGUGCGGUGGGAUUCAAAAGUGGACAACCGUUCCAGAGGGACCCUAAAAAGAACUCACCCGCCAUGCCAGCAUCGUACCUCCCUCAGCUCCUCGGCAGCCUGCAGACUGUGUAACAGCCGGCUCAAACUCUGCCUGCUGGUCCUGGUCCUCCUACACACUGUUGCCAGCCUCACUGCAUCCCACAAUGCAACAGGACUGGGCCUCCCCACCUUCACGCCUCUGGAGGAGAGCCCCGCCAACGAGGAGUGAUGGAGCAGCUGAGAGGAUAUGAGGUCGCAGAAGGUGGGGGUGGGGGAUUCCCUCACCAUGGCAACCAGCUUGGAAAAAUACGACGACGGUUGAUGCGAACAGCUGGAGCUGUGUGCCUGUAGACAUACUGCAACACUUUAUGACAAACAAAAACACAUGGGAUGCUUUGAGAUGAGAAACGCUUAAAUCAAUCAAACAUAAACUAAAGAAACAAUCUCCCACAAACUAAGGGAUUCAAGCUGUCCCUUUGGUAGAAAAAAGGGACAAUGCCACAACCUUUGUUGAGCGGGAAGGUCAGCUUCCUCGUGGCUGAGUUUCUCUACGCUUUUUUACACUGUGUUCCAAUUAUUGGUUUCUGUUGCACUGGCUGACUAUGGAAUAACAUAAUCAUAUUCUUUCUCUAAUGUUCAUUAUUCGUCUUUUUCGUGGUUCCCUCAUUCAGGAACAAAAUGAUUCCUCUAAGUAAGACAGAAAAUGUGAAAAAACAAAUUAGCAGCAAGUAUGUGUGUGUGAGAGAGAGGAAGAGAGUGAGAGAGCGAAUGAGCGGAUGUUGCUAUGCCAAAAAGUCUACUUAAAAGGCUAAUGGUUUCAUGGAGAGCCCCUCAGAUUUUCUCUGCUCCUCCAUGGGGGUUUGGUCAUAUUCCUUUUAGGAUUUCUUUGGGUUUUAAUGUGGUUCUGACUUCCAUUAAAAUGUAUUUGUUUGACUAAGGCUUACAGGCCUUCUUCUUACUUAGUUUUGCGAGACAAUAUUCACCAGAUAACACAAUUUAGUAUCAAAAUACUAUUUUGUGUUCCAUUAAAAGCAAACACUGGGCUCAGGAAAGUUUUCUAAUACUAUUUAAAAUGUUUCCUUAACUAACCGUUAAUUUUCUUAUGCUGACUUUAAAGACACUUAAUUUUCUGUAAACCUAAAUGAGGAAAGUGAAAUUUGACAUUCCCUUAUGGUGAAAUCUCAAAUGUUACUUUGCAAUUAUAAUCAGUUAAGUUUUUUUAUUCAAAAUUCAGACACCUUUAUUUUUCUGUAUCUAUUAUCUAUUUUAUUUUUCAAAUGUGAGGUGGUGAACAAAAUAGUUUAAUUUUGGUACACUUUAUUUAACCCUCGCACUAUCCAAUUUUGACCCCACAGGUUUUUUACAAGUUUUACUCAUAAAAAAAAUGUGUGCGUGGUUCAGCGGGGUCUCACUGACCACACAUGAGCUUUUACAAGUUUUUUUUGUGUGUGUAUGUGGUUUUAAUAAUUAACUGUCUUACAGGACAACCCUUGACCCCCGUUUUCCCGUUGUCUGAAGACUACAUUUGCAGCGCUCCUGAGCAUCGCACUACACCUAAGACUGUGAUAGGGUUAAAUUAUGAAUACACACAGUGAGCCCCCCUCCCCCCAAAAAAUGAAAUAAAUAAGAAAUACUUGCUCUGAACAGUGAAUGUUCAGAAACAAAAAAAUAAAUAAAAUGUAUUUAGGUCAGGCUUGGUUACUCCAUUUCAUCUACCCUAAAACUUAGCACCAUUGACGAUUUUUAUAUUGGCAGCUGCCCAGGGUGGCAUUAUGAAGGGGCACAUCUAUAUAAUAAAAUAUAAAAAUAUUGAUUUUUUAGCUUUCUAUUGAUUUGUGGAUGUGUGGUCAAGGGGGAGUUGGUACCACUAUUCAACAGUUGCCUCCUGCUCGAUGCACUGCAUUUUCUUCCACCUCAAGAACACAAAAAGAAGAGUUCCUCCAUUUUAUAUGUUGAGGGGGGCGGUGCCCUGGGCAUAAAUUGCCCAGGGUUCUAUUUAUGCUUGAUCCGUCUCUGCCAAAAACACAAAGUACUAGACUUGAACAUCUUAGAGAUUUUAACCCCAAGCCCGAUUUCAUUCAAGGACAACAUGAUGGCUGGAUGUUAUAUUAAUCGCUUUGCACAACUAGCAACUAAUACAACUAACUCUCAUUCAGGUUUGUUAAAUUAUAAUUUGGCUAUCUGCCACGAUGUGUAGCCUUUGCUCAUCUCUAAACACAAAGGCAGUUUCAAUCAGUUUACGUCAGUUAAGAUGGAGCAUGGGUCCUCUGCAAGAAGAGGCCACUUGUAUUGUCAGAACCACAUUUAAUCCCAAAUCACAUCCAGUAGCAUGCCCACUGUUUGUAUUUCUUUACUUUAAGCAUCACAGAUUCCAUUAUGUAAAGGGCUUAUUAUGAAAUACCGAACAAACGUUGUCAUUCAUACAGUCAGACACAUUUAAAAGUCACUUGUUUUACUGUUUGCUUGCCAACAGAGAGGAUGACAAUGCCUCAUUCUUAUUUUCACGGAAAUUCAUUCAGCUUCAGUGCAAAAGGCCUUUUUUUACUGCAAUUGGAAAUCAGGAGCAGAAACAAACGCAGAGAAAGGAGCAUGUCACUGUUAAUGAACGCUCAAAGUCAGUUCAGUUUACUUAUUUAUUAAGCCUGGGAUGUGUGAGCUUAGAAAGAAAUGGUGUGACCUUAAGGGCUGACCUCUUUCCUUAGUUCUGUUUCUAUUGUGUGUCUCUUUGAUUAAAGUGGCUGGAAGAUCAGGUAUCUGCUAAAAGCAAGGAGAUGUUGCUGGAUACAUUUAUUUUCGCAUUCCAGUUUGUUUAUUAUAUUAAAUGUUCCGUCCAGAAUCUGAUGUCAUCAGGUUAUAACAUUACAUGGUGAAUUUACUUCCAUCUUUAUUCCACCUAUGUCAAUAUAUAUUUAUAUACUGGCUUAUCUUUAGAUUUGCUGCUCAGACCUUGCACCAUAUUACUCUUCACUAUUCCUGUUUGCAUGAAAAGCUCCCCAUCCACCCAUCCUGGUUUAGGUUGUCUACAUUCAGUGACAAAAAUGCUGCUAUGCCAGGGGCCACAACUAGAUGAGAGAUAUAUUUAUUCUUUUAUAUUAUCGCUGCUGCUGGAGGCCUACAGUACGAGAACUGUUAGAUAUACAGGAAUCAAAGAUGGUUAAGCUCUGGGAGAUUUUUAUUUUUUUUUUUACCUCUUAACUUGUGGGUAGAAGGGUGCUGCUGCUGCUAUGUCUGUACCUCUGUAUAUAUUUUAUUUAUUUUUUUUUUUUUCAGUUUAGGUUUUCAGUUAUUCAUUUGUUCUGAGCUAAUUGCAAACAUCUUCACAUUGGGGUUGCUAGAUAGAUAUUACUAAAAAAAGUUGUAUUCAGACUGCAGGGAUCUACAAUACUAUUAGAUUUUGCACCGCAGCCCUGCACUCGCAUAAAAUAUACAUUUCAAGCAUUACUUUUGACAGUAGUGUCAUACUCAAAUUUCUCUUUUUUUCUUUGCUCUCCCCAGUCUGAAAAAAAAUCUAAAAUCUUACAAAAUUAAGUAAAUAAGAUCGGAGGCCUGAGUGAAAGGAAAAUGAGCUUCAUCUAGUACCAAGGUUAACCCUGUUUUGAGUAACAUGCUGCAAAUUCACAUCCUAAUUUUUACAUCUGAAGAAAAGAUUCUCAAGAUUCUCACUUGUUUGUAGAAUCACUCAGUUAGAAAUGCAUUUGAUACAUCACACAAACUUUAUGUUGCCAACGUCUAAAGUACAAGUAGGAGAUCCAAUUUAAGUGACUUGCAAGAAUUGGGGGUUUUUGAUAUGGACAAUAUGACUUAUCACACAGACUGUCAUUUUGACAGGGCAACAGAAACACAAAAAGUUGUAUAUGCAGCUCUGGAAAAAAAUGAUCAGUUUCUCUGAAUUUACUUUUUAUAGCAAGAUGUCUGAGUAAAAUGGACAUUGUUCUUUUAUUCUAUGAACUACUGACAACAUGUCUCUGAAAUUCCAAGCAAAAUUGUAGUAUUUAUUUAGAAAUCAAUAUUUGGUGGAAAAAAACAUGAAGUUUUCAAUGAGGUUCAGUGCAGUGGACUCUUAUUUUUUUUCCAGAACCGUAUAUACAAAAUUUAUCAAACUUUUACACAUUGUGUUUAUGCAUAAAAUAAAAAUGGAAAGGUAAUUUUUCUAGAAUAACUCCUCCGUUGAUAAUUUGCACAUCCUGACAAUGAGGAAUGGGCCCCAUCUGUGUUCUGCACUGUGCAAACACUGACUGAAAAUAUGUCUGGACAAUCACUGAUCACACAAAAUGUCAUGUUCGUCAGGAGCAAAGGAACAGACUGUGCACCUCUCUCGACAGCUAAGAAUAUAUAAAUAAAUAAUAAACAAAGCUUCAGUAUGAACAUACAAAUACGAUGGAACUAAAAAUAAUUGGAGAACAGCUGCCUGGUUUGAUCUGUCUCGGUUUCAGAUGUGACAUUUGAAUGUUAGAUUCAGAAAUGAAUGAAAACAAUAAGAAAGCAUGCCUGGAUGCCUGGCCUGGGCCAGAUACUGUAGUGGGAGGAGGAAAGUGAUCAGACAGGGCACCAUUCUUGCAAGUGAGUUCACUUUAUCAGUUAUGUUAACAGGCAUGCUUGAGAUGCAUCAUAGUUCUAAACAUAGACAUGGAAAGCAUGUUUGUAUUAUGCAUCUUCAUCGUUGUUGCAUGGGUUUGAGUGCCGUCAAUAGGCUGUCCCUUAACCCAAUCCUUUCAUGCAUAAACAUCAACUGUUUUCAUUUUUACAUGCAAGAGUUCUUCAAACAAUAAAAUUAAUUGAAUCAUUCUUUGUUGGUCAUGUUGGUCAUGGAGGCAUGCAUGCAACAAGUACUUCUUACUUUCAAUGUAUGUUUAAUUCUGUCAAAAUUAUAAGGCUUUUCACUUAAAGAAAACAGUGUAAGCUCAUUUAAAUCCAGUCUUCAUCCAUGGAAAUGGUCUGUAGCAGCUGUAGGCGACGCUCUUGUCAUCUUCCAUCACAUACAAACAAAAUUUCUGUGGUUUGUUCCUACAUAUUUAAACUAUUAUUGCCUGUUGCCCUCAGCUCAAGUGAACCCAUUCAAAUGAACACAAAUGUUUCACUUUCUCUGUCUUUACAGCGGUUCCUUUCUCUUUCCCGUGGAUCUAUGCAGAAGCUCAUUUCCUUUUUUUGGUUGUAAUGGUGUUCCUUAGUAUGCUGAACAAUGUAUGUCUCUCCUUGUCUUAUUUAAGUUACUGCCUUGUUACUUUCUUCUUCUUUUUCUUUGAUUUGAUUUGAGCGUCUUAAAUCACUGAUGUUUGAAGACAGUGUGGCACAGUUAGACCAACAGAUUUCACCCUCAGCACCACAGCCUUUUUGUGAAAGACUGUGGUUCUCUGUGUGUGAAGGUAAAAAGUUUAUUAUUCUAGAGAUGAAAAAGGCUCAAAUGCAUAUAGAACUACCAUUGCGAUUAUGAUUAUUAUUACUAUUAUACUACCAGUAUAUUGUAAUAUUAUAGAUGCUUUAGUUCAAGUAACUUCUUUAAUUUUUUUUACAAACAACUUUGAGAUGAAUGAUUUAUAAGAGUCUCACAGGUCAUGAUCUUUUUGAAAAGUAUGAAAACUACUGCUACAAUUACUAAAAUUGUGUUCUAAUGAAAAUAAAUACAAAUAUAAUGAUA